AGCGGCGUUCCAGGGGGAUUCCCUGCUCAAGAACAUCCUUGAGGCGCUUCUGCUCUCCCGGACGGGACUUCAAACGGAUCCGGUUCAGUUCGUGCCACAGCUACUCGGGCGCCUGGAGGACAAUGAGUCUGCGAGGAGGAGGAGGAGAUCAAAAUCUGGAACAUCAAGGUCGACCCUCCACAGUUGCUACGCAAUGUGAUAGGUAAAGCUCAGUGCAGAAAGGUCGCGUUGUGUCAUGGUGACGAUUGGAUCGCCAUGAAAUUGGGCAACGGAAUAAAAGUAGAAGGUCUGCACACAGGACGUGUUCCACUGGGCCACCAGGAUGCGUUUUUUGUGACCGGCAGUGCGGGAGAGGACUCGCCCAACAUAGUCGGCGUGUAUGAUGUCGGCAGACUGGAAUACCGCGCCAUCCGAGAACUUAAGGUGGCCUGCAAUGCAAACACGAGGUUUUUCGAAGCAGACAACAGAUCAGUGGUCAUGGAAAUUUACGAUAAGUUUUACUUGUUUGACCUUGAAAAGAUGGACGUCAGCAUCGUGUUUCCGGGUCGAGUAGUCGAUACACGAGUGUGUAUCUUGACCAAACGGAAGCAACUCCUCGUGACGUUUGUCACGUUUUGGCAAGAACGUUAAACUGUACAACAUCACAAACGGCUGCAUUGACGCCAUAAUAAAAACUGGGCACAAGAAGGAC